GACCUGUAGGAGCUGGAGUGGGAGCACCGGGAGCACGAAUUCUUUCCGAGUCCCUGGCAUCCCCAGAAGCUUCAACUCUGGAGGCGAUGGGUCGAAAGGAAGAAGAUGACUGCAGCUCCUGGAAGAAACAAACCACCAACAUCCGGAAGACCUUCAUCUUCAUGGAAGUGCUGGGCUCAGGUGCUUUUUCGGAAGUGUUCCUGGUGAAGCAGAGAGUCACCGGGAAGCUCUUCGCCCUGAAGUGCAUCAAGAAGUCACCCGCCUUCCGGGACAGCAGCCUCGAGAAUGAGAUCGCUGUGUUGAAAAAGAUCAAGCAUGAAAACAUCGUGACCCUGGAGGACAUCUACGAGAGCACCACUCACUACUACCUGGUCAUGCAGCUAGUUUCUGGCGGGGAGCUCUUUGACCGGAUCCUGGAGCGGGGUGUCUACACCGAGAAAGAUGCCAGCCUGGUGAUCCAGCAGGUCUUGUCGGCCGUGAAAUACCUCCAUGAGAAUGGCAUCGUCCACAGGGACUUAAAGCCUGAAAACCUCCUGUACCUCACCCCCGAAGAGAACUCUAAGAUCAUGAUCACAGAUUUUGGUCUGUCCAAGAUGGAACAGAGCGGUGUCAUGUCCACUGCCUGUGGGACCCCAGGCUACGUUGCUCCGGAAGUGUUAGCCCAGAAACCCUACAGCAAGGCUGUGGAUUGCUGGUCCAUUGGCGUCAUCACUUACAUACUGUUGUGCGGGUAUCCUCCUUUCUACGAAGAAACCGAGUCUAAGCUUUUUGAGAAGAUCAAGGAGGGUUACUAUGAAUUCGAGUCUCCGUUCUGGGAUGACAUUUCGGAGUCCGCCAAGGAUUUCAUCUGCCACUUGCUGGAGAAAGACCCGAGUGAGCGGUACACCUGUGAGAAGGCCUUGCGGCACCCCUGGAUUAAUGGAAACACCGCCCUCCACCGGGACAUCUACCCAUCAGUCAGCCUUCAGAUCCAGAAGAACUUUGCCAAGAGCAAGUGGAGGCAAGCCUUCAACGCUGCGGCCGUGGUGCAUCACAUGCGGAAGCUGCACAUGAACCUGCACAGUCCGGGCAUCCGCCCCGAGCUGGAGAACAGGCCUCCUGUGACUAAAGCCUCCGAGGCCUCGAGACCCAGCUCCCCUGAGAUCGCCAUCACCGAGGCCCCCGCCCUGGACCAGAGCGUGGCACUCCCUGCCCUGACCCGGCUGCCCUGCCAGCAUGGCCUCCGGCCUACAGCCCGUGGUGGCAGGUCCCUCAACUGCCUGGUCAACGGCUCCCUCCGCAUCAGCAGCAGCCUGGUGCCCAUGCAGCAGGGGCCCCUGGCCGUCGGGCCCUGUGGCUGCUGCUCCAGCUGCCUGAGCGUCGGGAGUAAAGGGAAGUCCUCUUACUGCUCUGAGCCCACGCUCCUCAGAAAGGCCAACAAAAAACAGAACUUCAAAUCCGAGGUCCUGGUGCCCGUCAAAGCCAACGGCAGCUCCCACUGCCGGGCGGGGCAGACUGGAGUCUGUCUCAUUAUGUGAUCCCAGAGGCCGGGCCCGUGUCACUGCAUUUCCAGGAGAGCUGGUCAACUCCUCUGCCCUUCCGAACCUGGGGUCUGCCCUGCAGCAGGAGGAAGGGGAGCAAGCAGAGCAGGGACGGUUUCCGGUCAGAAGCAGCCGACUGCCUCUCCCUGGGGCAGACCCUCACCGAAGGCCCGGGCGUGAGCCUCCAGGCGACAAGGCCUCACCAAAGCUGUGGGCAGGAGGAAUGGCACCCGCGGCUUCCAGGCCUCCCUGACCUGCUGCUCUGUGCCCUACACCCCACGUGCCGUGGCUCUGUGCAGUGUGCGUAGGUAGCUCUUGCCCAGGUCUGUGUUGUUUGUUGUGAAAAGCUUAACGGGCUGGCCAGGCUGUGUCACCUUCAGAGCAAAGCCAUAAGGAACAUCUGCCCGGACUCCCUGCUCAGCUCACAUCCGCUCCUGCCUCUCGGGCCUCCAUCCUCUUGGCCAGGACGGGCUCAUCCAUGUAGCCACCUGCCCACCCGCAUGAAUGACAGGCAGCUCCGCAGUCUGCCUGUGAGCUCUCAAAGUUUGGACUUUUAACUCCAGUGUUAGCUCUUAACCGUGCGGAGACCUCCAGCU